GGAAUGGUAAGGUAAGUGAUGGGGAUCUGAGGCUUCCCAGCAUUCUCCUCGCUGAUUGGCGAAGAGAUGUCGGCCAUCUUGGAUAGUAGCGGGGAAGACAGAUUGAUGAAGCGGUGACACGCGGUAUGUUUGGUGCUAACCGGAAGAAGUUUAUGGAGGGAGGGAUAGAGAGCGACUACGCGGACGACUCCAGCCUCUAUUACACCCAGCAGUCCAUGUUCCCUCCUCACCGCCCUGACAAAGACAUGCUGACGUCUUCCUCUGCUUCCUCAACGGGUCAACUGUCACAGCUAGGAGCCAGCUUAUAUGGCCCGCAGAGUGCUCUGGGGUUUCCCAUGCGUGGAAUGAACAGCAGUGCAGCGCCGCAGUUAAGUCGAAGUGGAUUAAACCAACCAGGCAGCCAACUCCCGAGCCACGGCAGCACACCGAACACCGGCACGAUGCACACACCCCCCUCACCCAGCAGGGGGAUUCUGCCGAUGAACACCCGGAGUGUUCUGAACCACAGCCAGCAGGUCGGGGGUCCCACGGCGCAGUCGGGAGGGAUGGGGGGUGUAGGUGUGGAGAGGGGGGGAGGAGGAAGGAGCAGCAGCAUGGGGAGUCCCAGCCGGUCGUCACCGAGCAUCAUCGGGAUGCCCAAACAGCAGCAAGCACGGCAGCCCUUCACCAUAAACAGUAUGUCGGGGUUUGGUGUGAACAGGAAUCCAGGCUACAACAUGAACAACUCCCUAUCCAACAACAUCUUCAACGGCACAGACGGCAGUGAGAAUGUGACGGGGUUGGAUCUGUCGGACUUCCCUGCGUUAGCGGAUCGGAGUCGGAGGGACGGAGGCUCAAAUCCCACACCGCUACUCAACCCGCUGGCUGGUCGGGCUCCAUACGUCGUUGCGUCGCUAACCACGCUAUCCUCCAUGUUUCCAGUUGGCAUGGUAACGAAGCCGUCCAAUGAGCAGUCUCAGGAUUUUUCGAUUCACAACGAAGAUUUCCCGGCUCUCCCCGGGCCCAACUACCAAUCAAAAGACCCCAGCAGCACCAGCGAAGACAGCAAAACGCGCUCUCACGUCCUGACUCGUCCCAUUUUUUCGGACUGUUUUUUCCCUCCGUUUUUGUCCAAUCAGAAUCUGAACUCGUCGGGAAAGCCCGCCUCCAACUCAGACGGUCCAAAGUUCCCUGGAGACAAGAGCUCCGCGCCUAGCAACAACAACCAGCAGAAGAAAGGGAUUCAGGUGCUUCCUGAUGGGCGGGUGACCAACAUCCCGAUCGGCAUGGUAACGGAUCAGUUUGGGAUGAUCGGCCUGCUGACGUUCAUCCGGGCGGCAGAGACCGACCCCGGCAUGGUGCACCUUGCUCUGGGCUCCGACCUCACAACGCUGGGCCUCAACCUCAACUCCCCGGAGAAUCUUUAUCCUAAGUUCGCGUCUCCCUGGGCGUCGGCUCCGUGUCGACCGCAGGACAUAGACUUCCACGUCCCCUCAGAGUAUUUAACCAACAUCCACAUAAGGGACAAGUUAGCAGCUAUCAAGUUGUCGCGGUAUGGAGAAGAUCUGCUGUUUUACCUCUACUACAUGAACGGAGGAGACCUACUACAACUCCUGGCUGCAGUAGAACUGUUUAACAGGGACUGGCGGUACCAUAAAGAGGAGCGGGUUUGGAUCACUCGGGCCCCGGGGAUGGAGCCCACGCUGAAGACCAACGCCUACGAGAGAGGGACCUACUACUUCUUCGACUGCCUCAACUGGAGGAAGGUGGCCAAGGAGUUUCAUCUGGAGUAUGACAAACUAGAAGAGCGGCCUCACGUUCCCUCCACAUUCAACUACAAUCCCGCCCAGCAGGCCUUCUGAUUGGCUCUACCUCCUCCUGCCUGCCUGCCAUUGGUCCUCCUGGCUGUCAAUCAUCACCUCCUAGCCCUGCCCCCUUUAGGUUUCUCCACCUGCACACACUCACAGUGAAUCUGGCCAGGAGAGGACGUCCAGCUCUCUCUAAACACUGAUAGACUUUAUGAUUUUAACUUUUGUUUGUUCCUUACCUCAUUCUCUGUUUACUUUUUAUUUUAUUUCCCAACCCCCCCUCCAUGUGGACUUAACGCCAGCACAGUACAACACACACACACACACACACACACACUGUAAAUAACUGUCCAUCUGAUCCUGUGAUUCCUCUUAAAAAAUUGACUAUUUUUGUCUAGAGAAGCUUUUAAAAAACGGAUUUUAAACAAUAAAAUCACCUGUCAGGUGGAUAAUUAUUUCACACACUGUGUCACAGCUCUCUGAUCUUUGGCAGGAACAAUAUCUCUUUAUUUUUACCAGGUUUAUUCAGCAGCAUUACACACACACACAUCAGCAGACAGCGGAGAGUCAGGAGAGGAAAUGCAAUGUACAUUGUAGCACUAUUUCAUAAUAAAAGAAGAAAAAAUA